CUGACUUGAAUGUAUACCAAUUUUUUUAUGUGUAUAUAUGAGUAUAUAAGUGUCUUCCUUUAUGUGUGUACUGGCUCGAGCUUGCGUCCGUCUCUAAACUAAAUCUAGUUUUAAUAAGACUGUAGACAGUUCCCAGCACUAUUUAUCUGUACGUCAUGUAAAUAAGAUAAAUUCCAUACGCAAAGAAUAAAAUAGUUCAUAACAAAGUUUUGAAAAUCGUUGAUCGAUAUAGAUGUCUUAUUUUUCUAAUUAAAUUGAUGAUUUUCUUGUACAAAUUAGUAUUUUGAGGAAAGGUACCGGUCAAAUUAUUUUAUUAGUUCAAAUGAAAUGAUAUUGGUUCCAUUGGAAGAUAUUCAAAACAAAAUGGAAAAGACAGACCACUUUUUGAUGUUAUCUGGUAAUAAUGUAUCAAUUAGAAAAAAACAUGAAACAUUAGAAAUGGAAUGUGGAGGUUGCGGAAAAAGUGUUCAAGAACGGACCGUGUUAUGUAUAGGUGAUCGUACAUGGCAUGCAAAAUGCCUUAAAUGUUAUACUUGCUCAAGAUCUCUUCAUGACCAACGGUCAUGUUUCAUUCGUGACUCUCAAGUAUAUUGUAAACAAGAUUAUGUUUUAACUUUUGGAGCUAAAUGCGCUAAGUGCAACCGCAGUAUUGGGUCAGGUGAUUGGGUUAGACGUGCCCGUGAACGAGUUUAUCACUUAGCUUGUUUUGCAUGUGAUAUGUGCUCUCGUCAACUGUCUACAGGUGAACAGUUUGCUCUUAUCGAUGCAAAAUUAUUAUGUAAAGCUCAUUAUCUUGAUAUAAUCGAAGGAAACAAUACAUCUUCCUCGGAAGACUGUGAUUCAGAGCAACAUUGUAAAGGUAAUAAAACAAAACGUGUCAGGACCACGUUCACGGAAGAGCAACUGUCCGUCUUGCAAGCUAAUUUUCAGUUAGAUAGUAAUCCAGAUGGACAAGAUCUAGAGAGAAUUGCUCAUGUUACAGGAUUAAGUAAAAGAGUAACGCAAGUUUGGUUUCAAAAUUCACGAGCGAGACAAAAAAAACAUAGUGGAAAAUUGAAAACGCACAUUGACUGGUAGAAUAUUCAUAACAGUUCAUAGUAAAAGCCAAUAAUUAUUCAAUAACUUUCUUCAUUUUGUAAAUAUUAUUAUUGCGAUCUUAUUGUACGAAAUUACUA